CGCUGGGGGUCUCCAGAGGGGCCGCUGCAUGAGUCGAGGCCAGAAACAUUCUCCCCGCCGCCUGUGCAUGGAAGCAAAAUGGUAGACCAAAGUGACGCGGUCACCGCCGCGUUCUACGGGCUCCUCGCUGCUGUCUGCUGCCUCGCGCAAUCCGCCCGGAGUCCGCAGUUCGCGGUGCAGCCUCUCUCUACUUUCCAGAAAUAUGGCGGCUCGGUCACCCUGAGCUGCUCGGUGGAGCCGGCCGACGCCGUCAUCUCCUGGAGGCUGAACGGAGUGGAACUCGGCCCCGUCGGAGAGGUCCCCGGCGUUCUGGUGUCCGGCGGAACUCUGAUCAUCCAGAGUCUGAACAACGACACGGUGGGGAGGUAUCAGUGCAUCGCACAAACCUCCAUGGGAGCGAUGGCAAGUGUUCCAGCCAUAGUCACCCUGGCCAACCUGCAAGACUUUAAGUUGGACACGCAGCACGUGAUCGAGGUGGAUGAGGGCAACACAGCCGUGAUCGCGUGUAACCUGCCCGAGAGCCACCCCAAGGCCCAGGUGCGCUACAGCGUCAAGCAGGAAUGGCUGGAGACCUCCAGAGAUCAUUAUCUGAUCAUGCCCUCUGGUAACCUCCAAAUCGUGAACGCCACUCAGGAAGAUGAAGGGACGUACAAGUGCGCCGCGUAUAACCCCGUCACCCAGGAAGUCAAAACCUCUGUGUCCAGUGACCGGCUGCGCGUUCGCCGCUCCACGGCGGAGGCGGCUCGUAUUAUUUAUCCUCCUGUCUCUCAGACCAUCAUCGUGACCAAGGGCCAGAGCCUCAUCCUGGAGUGUGUGGCCAGCGGCAUGCCACCUCCGAAAAUCACCUGGACCAAGAACGGAACGGGCAUCGCGGGGCACAACAAGACCCGCUUCCUACUCAGUAACCUGUUGAUCGAUGCCACGAGCGAGGAGGACUCAGGGACGUACACGUGUACGGCCAGCAAUGGCAUAGGGGACGAGGGAUCUGCGUUCAUCUUCUAUAACGUUCAGGUCUUCGAACCCCCCGAGGUCAGCAUGGAGCUUUCCCAGCAGACGGUGGCAUGGGGUCAGAGCACGAGGUUUACGUGUGAGGUCAGGGGUAACCCCCAGCCUUCCGUAGUGUGGCUGAGGAACGCCACGCCGGUGCUGCCCGGCCCGCGGCACAAAAUCUCCAGGAAGGUUCUGCGGGUGAACAACGUGGGCCCCGAAGAUGAAGGGAUUUACCAGUGCAUGGCGGAGAAUGAAGUGGGGAGCGCGCAGGCCUUAACUCUGCUCAUAACCAACAGGCCAGGAACGUUCCUGAACCCUGGGUCCGAUGUUCUUACCCUGCCCCCCACGGGACCACCCUUGGCUUACGACAGGCAAUUGUUGCUCAAAGCCCAGUUAAAACCGAGGGUCCCAACUCCCGGAGUACCUGCUCCGUGCCCGACGGGUAAAGACAGCAUCGUCCAGCCGGAAGCUCCCAUCGUCCUCAGCUCUCCCCGAACAUCUAAAACCGACUUCUACGAACUGGUGUGGAAGCCGCGGCACGAUGGAGGAGCCCCCCUGCUGUACUACUUAGUGAAGCAUCGAAAGCAGGUGGUCAAUGCCUCCGAUGAGUGGACAGUGUCCAGGGUCCCCGGCUCUCAGUCCCGUCUCACUUUGAGCAAACUGGACCCCGGGAGCUUGUACGAAGUGGAGAUGGCGGCUUAUAACUGUGCCGGAGAGGGGCAGACGGCCAUGGUGACCUUCAGGACGGGACGUCGGCCCAAACCGGACAUCAUACCCAGUAAAGAACUCCAGAUCCAGAAGGAUGAUCCUGGAACCAGCACCCAGAGCAGCGUCCCUUUGGAUAACAACCGCCUCUCCCCUCCCGAGGCUCCAGACCGACCCACCAUCUCAACAGCUUCGGAGACCUCUGUGUACGUCACGUGGAUCCCGAGACGCAACGGCGGCUUCCCCAUCCAGUCGUUCCGCGUAGAGUACAAGAAGCUGAAACAACCGGGAGACUGGGUCUUAGCGACCAGGGACAUCCCGCCGUCCCGUCUGUCGGUGGAAAUAAAAAAUCUCGAAAAAGGGACUUCAUACAAGUUCCGGGUGAGAGCUCUGAAUAUCUUCGGGGAGAGCCAGCCCAGCGCCCCCUCCAAGCCAUACGUGGUGUCCGGCUACAGUAACCGCGUGUACGAGCGGCCCGUGACCGGACCCUACAUUACCUACACGGAGGCCAUCAAUGAGACCACCAUCAUGUUGAAGUGGAUGUACAUCUUGGCCAGCAACAAUAACACUCCUAUCCACGGCUUCUACAUUUACUACCGUCCCACCGACAGCGACAACGACAGCGAUUACAAGAAAGACGUAGUGAAAGGAGAUUGUUACUGGCACUCGAUCAGCCACCUGCAGCCGGAGACCUCGUAUGACAUUAAGAUGCAGUGUUACAACGAGGGAGGAGAAAGCGAGUUCAGCAACGUCAUGAUGUGCGAGACCAAAGCUCGAAAGUCUUCUCAGACAGGACCCCUGCCUCAGCCGGUCAUCCCUUCACCCCAACUGCCUCCCGGGAGUGGGGUACCCGGGCCAGCCACCGUAGCCCGUUCCAGCGACCUGCCCUACCUGAUUGUUGGCGUCGUCCUCGGUUCCAUUGUCCUCAUAAUCGUCGCUUUCAUCCCUGUCUGCCUUUGGAGACCGUGGUCCAAACAGAAGCAGACCACCGACAUUGGGUUCCCCAGCGUAAGCCUCAUCCCCCAAUCGAGCCAGUACACCAUGGUGCCCCUACGAGGGACGCCCGCCGUCGGCCCCAUUCCGUAUUCAAACGGUGACGUCGUGAACGGCUCCUGCCCAUCCGACAAGCCAGGCUAUCCGGCAGCAAAGCAGAGAGAUUACAGCUCAGACACCGUAAAUCAGGAUGAAGCUAAUACUCUUCUCCAGGGAGGCGACGUAGAAGACGGGCAUUUUACUGAAAAUCACAAACCCGCAGGGUCGUGCUCCACACUGAAGGAAGAGCUUUCUCUGCACGACAUGGAGGAGGAUGACAAGACUUCAGUCCUUCGCUGUGUGACAACCGACAACUGCCCCGUCCUCACCUUACCCACCGAACAAGGUUCCACACACGCGCUUCCACCAGUGGAGAUUUCGGAAAUACCUAUUUGCAUGCAGGCUCUUGGUGGACUCCAUCACGACACGAUACUGGUCGUGGACACAGACAGAAGCUCAGACUCUCGGCAGCGAGAUGCCGUAUGUCCACAGACUUCAUCGGAGAGACCGGCCACUUAAAGGACCGCAAAAUAACUAAAGGACUCUUGACAGGUGUGAUCCUGAUGCAGUAUAAAGUAAUACUCGGUAUCUC